CAAAAAGCUUGGCCACCGGCCGGUUCUAUUUUAAGUAGUCAUGCCACUAUUUAACCCCCUCUCCCCUUCUCAUUGGAUCCAUAAUAAAACCAUAUAUAGUCUCCUCCCUGAGCUCUAGCUUACCCCUAUAUAUGUACGUUACAAUUACCUUCCUAGCUACCAUCAACCAUGCAUAAUAAUCCACCCGAUCAUCCAUCAUUUAAAACUAGCUAGCUUAUAUAAUUAACAAGAGCUAAAUACACUAUAUUUUAUAGCAUUUGGUUGGGCGGCCGGCGGUAUGUCCAUCGGUGUUUUAUCGGCGGCAUCAAGUGGCGUUUUUGAAAUCUACGGCCGCUACUCGAACGGAGGUGCCGAUGUAUUAGGUAGCCGUGGCUUGCCUAAGAAUGGAGGCUCGAGCCUUCAUUAUGCAAAAGUUACAGCCUUCAUUGGGAGUUCCUUGUUUUGGCUCCCAUGCAUUUGCACUGUCAACAUUGAUUCGCACAAGACAAUGAAUUUCAAUAUUUAUCAUUCGGAUAAAUCGUCCACAUACAAGAGUAUCGAUUGCCCACUUUCAAAUAAUGGAUGCCCAUUUGAGGCCGGAUACAUGGAUGGAUCGUCCGCUACGGGGGUGCUCAUAUCAGACAUAGCACACCUAACGACUUAUGAUCACCAACAUAAACACAUUCAGGCUGCUGUUACAUUCGGGUGUGCAUCCAAUGUAACUUGUUACUGUCAAGACUAUUCAGCUUUUAAUGGUUUGUUGGGGCUAGGGCCGGGUAAUGAGCCCAAUAAUAUGGAUGCCCUCAGCAUUCUUGCUGCUCAAGGGAUUGUUGGCAAUUCCUUCCUCUGUUUAUGGUCCAGUGGGAAUGGGACAUUAUUGAUAUUGGGAGACAAAGGGACAGAGACCCCAAUGAGAGGGAAACACCAUUGAAUCUAAAUAUACAAAAGUACGUCCUCUACAUACUCAGCUAGUUCAACUCUCUAAUAAAGGAACCACGCAGCCCGCCAACAUAUAUGGGUUAUUUCUAAUACUGCUAUAACUUGAGGUGGUUAUAAUCCAAAUGUAAAAGAAACCAUUUCAACGCUUCUACCUAAGGUAAAAGAAACCACUUCAACGUUUCUACCUAUUCUGGGGAUGCACAAGCUUCAUCAUCCAUCGCCUAUUAUAAGAAGAGUUGCAUGUUAUGGGUUUCUAGUCUAUUACAUUUUAUGCAAUAAGAAAUUGCUAUAAAUAGGAGUAAAGAAUUAGUGAUGUACAUAAAUAGAAUGUUAAGAUUUGGGGUUUCAUCCUAAAAAGUAACCUUAUAAGAAGAGUAACCCAAAAUCUUAUAUGAAGUGUAUUGUUUUAUUGUCCAGUAUCUUAUAUAAUGUUUUAUUGUUUAUUAUGUUUAAUAUCAUGAUUCUGGUGUGG